AUGACCGAGGAUGUCCCCGUAUAUGCCGCGGCCCUCCUUCUCGAUCCUUCUAAACGCAAGAGCUAUAUUGAAGAAUGUUGGCCCGAGGAAUGGCACGAGGGCGCGUUUGCCGCAGCCCGUAGUCUCUGGAAGGAAGAAUACAAUCACGAUGCCGAGAUACAUCUCUCAGAGCAGUCUUUGGCUGUGCCUGCAUUAUUAAAGCGAAAGAAGGAUACGAUGCUCUCAAAGAUGCGCUUAGAGGUGCGAAAUAAGACGAUGGCGAGAGCACGGGGCAAGGAUGAUUUCGAUAGCUUUGUCUCAGAGGCUCCUAUCACACUUGCAGAGGAUACUACGCCCCUUCAAUGGCGGUGUAGUGAGGACGUUAGUACAGCGUAUCCACGGCUUAGCCGCAUGGCUAUCGAUAUCUUGUCUGUACCAGCAAAAUCAGCAGAGCCAGAGCGGACCUUUUCAGGGGCUAGGCGCACAGCUAGAUGGGAUAGGAUACGAUUGCUGAUUGAGAGCAUUGAGAAGAUUGAGUGUAUCGGCAAAUGGCUGCGAGAGGGACAUAUUAGACCGUCAGCUGAGGGCGGGAUACGCCUCACGUGUGAUCCAGAGGCUAUAGAGUGUGAUAUCUAA